GUCUCAGGAUGCCAGCAGGACAGGAGAAGUUUGUUGUUAUCUGCGAUCUGGAGGGAUGGGGAUAUGCAAACAGCGACAUUCGCGCAUACCUGGGAGCUCUAUCCAUUUUGCAGGACUACUAUCCAGAAAGACUUGGGAAGUUAUUUAUCAUUCAUGUGCCUUACGUAUUUAUGGCAGUGUGGAAGGUUGUAUAUCCAUUUAUCGAUGACAAUACUAAGAAGAAGAUCAUGUUUGUGGAGAACAAGAAACUGAAGUCAACUCUGCUACAAGACAUUGACGAGAGCCAGAUUCCGGAGAUUUAUGGAGGCAAACUACCAUUGGCUCCUAUCCAAGACAGCUAAGUAGUUGAUAUGUUACAUUUCGAAGGUCCAGAUUUGUUUGACCUGUCUUGUGUUGUACAAAACCCUUGAUGAGUCUGUUUUUGAGUUUCCAAGAAAGAAUUAUCUACCGUGUUAAAACAACCUAUGUAGUACCUAUUUAAUUGUUCAAUGGUAUAAAAAAGAAGAAUUGUCGUAAUUGAAAGGAGGAUAAAUAUUCGUGUUU